CCCGCGGUGCGCGCCCCCCAGAGGUGGGGGAGGAGGGCGAUAGGGGCCGCGGCGCGCCGUUCCCCCCUCGCCUUCGCCCCCGCCUCCUCCUCCUCCGCGCUCCCCGGGCACAGGCGCGCCCUCUGCUCGCACCGCGCAUGCACGCACCCCCACCCCCCCGCCCCCGGCGCGCGCGCGCGCGCACUGGAGUGCUCGUGCAGGAGGCGGCGGUGACGGCCGGAGAGACGCGCGCAGGCCCCCCCCCCCGAAGCCCCCUCCCCAAAUUCCCCCUCCCCCCAUUCCCUCCCUCCCUUCCCUUUUCCCCGUGCCCCUCCCGCGCGGCGGCGGCGGCGGCAGCGGAGCCCCCCCGCGCUCCCCCGGGAAGCGCGGCUCCGCGCGCGCGCGCGGGCGGCAGGCUGAAGGUGGCCCAGUCUGAGGGCUAAUCUGUCAAAUAUUUAAUAAUCAUUUGCUCAGAAAAUUUCCCACGUUGUUCAUGGAGUUUUUCAUCAGUAUGUCUGAAACCAUUAAGUAUAAUGACGACGAUCACAAAACUGUGUUCCUGAAAACAUUGAAUGAACAACGUUUGGAAGGAGAAUUUUGUGACAUAGCUAUUGUGGUUGAAGAUGUCAAGUUCAGAGCCCAUAGGUGUGUGCUUGCUGCCUGCAGUACCUACUUCAAAAAGCUUUUCAAAAAACUGGAAGUUGAUAGUUCAUCAGUAAUAGAAAUAGAUUUUCUUCGUUCUGAUAUUUUUGAGGAAGUUCUCAAUUACAUGUAUACUGCAAAGAUAUCUGUUAAGAAAGAGGAUGUAAAUUUGAUGAUGUCUUCAGGCCAGAUCCUCGGUAUUCGAUUUCUUGAUAAACUCUGCUCCCAAAAACGUGAUGUUUCUAGUCCUGAAGACAACACACAGUCCAAGAGCAAGUACUGUCUAAAAAUAAACCGUCCUAUGGGAGAACCCAAUGAUACACAAGAUGAUGAGGUGGAAGAAAUUGGAGAUCAUGAUGAUAGUCCAUCAGAUGUGACAGUGGAAGGAACUCCUCCAAGUCAGGAAGAUGGAAAGUCACCAACAACUACCCUGAGAGUGCAAGAGGCAAUUCUGAAAGAGUUGGGAAGUGAAGAAGUUCGAAAAGUAAACUGCUAUGGCCAAGAAGUAGAGCCUAUGGAAACGACUGAAUCUAAAGACUUAGGAUCUCAGACCCCUCAGGCUUUGACAUUUAACGAUGGCAUAAGUGAAGUGAAAGAUGAACAGACACCUGGCUGGACCACAGCAGCCGGGGAUAUGAAGUUUGAAUACUUACUUUAUGGUCACAGGGAACAUAUUGUAUGUCAGGCUUGUGGCAAGACCUUUUCUGACGAAGCGCGAUUGAGAAAACAUGAAAAGUUACACACUGCUGAUAGGCCGUUUGUUUGUGAAAUGUGUACAAAGGGCUUUACCACGCAAGCUCAUUUGAAAGAGCACUUGAAAAUACACACAGGCUACAAGCCUUACAGUUGCGAGGUGUGUGGAAAGUCUUUUAUUCGCGCACCAGAUCUAAAAAAGCAUGAAAGAGUUCACAGUAAUGAGAGGCCAUUUGCAUGCCAUAUGUGUGAUAAGGCUUUCAAGCACAAGUCCCAUCUCAAGGACCAUGAAAGAAGACACCGAGGAGAGAAACCUUUUGUCUGCAGUUCCUGCACUAAAGCAUUUGCUAAGGCAUCUGACCUAAAAAGGCAUGAGAACAAUAUGCACAGUGAAAGAAAACAAGUUACUACAGCCAAUUCCAUCCAGAGUGAAACAGAACAGUUACAGGCAGCAGCCAUGGCUGCAGAAGCAGAGCAGCAAUUAGAAACUAUAGCUUGUAGUUAAGAUCUAAAGCAGAAACUUUAUCAGAAAUAAUAUAAGAAAUGAAAAUGAACAAGAUCUAGUGUUGAUAUACGUUUAGACUGAGAAUUUUUUCAAGAAAUCAUAUUUUUAAAGAAUUGAAUGUUACAUAGGAAUACAUAGCAUCACUUGGUUAGGUAUUUUAAAACAUUUCAGAGAUGGGUAUUCUUAGAAUGUGAAGCAAUUUUGUUGCCAUUAGCAGUAUAAUGCACUAAUACCUGCUUUAAUUUGAGAGUGUGAUCGAGUUCUCUAUAAAACAGGGAUAAUUGCUGGCUGAUACUUAUUUCAUUCAGUAUGGAAUACUGCAUACAACAUAAACAUUGCAAUCAGUGAGAAUCAGUAAGUUUGAAAGUGCUGAAAUCUCAAAAAUCACAAACAUGGAAAGGAAAUACUUGGUUUUCAUAAUUCUGAAGCUGUUAUAAUUUUUUUAGAAACAGACAUUGAUUCCCUAAGCUUUUUAAUUCCUCCUUUUUUCACUUAAUGUAGGUAGGUACAGUAGAGUGUAAGUGGGAUGGUGAUCAGAAUGAAAUUGCUUCUUAUUCCAUUCCCCCAGAUACCCUCUUACUUUAAUCAAGGUGGCAAGUUUAAUGAAAUACUUGAUUUCUUGAAAAAACUACAUUAUUCACAGUGAUUCUGGCUGGCAAAGCAGCAGCGUCAUGGCAUUCACCAAUCCCUUCAGUGGGUAAAAAAGUCUGCCUCAUUUGUUUUUGUGUUCACUCUUAUAUAGGGCCCUGGAGAUGGGACUGGGCUACAAAGGAAAAAGGGUGCAGCAUGGAUGAGACGUGCUCCUUACUCAAACCCAGUAGAAAUCAGUUUAAGCUAAUACAGCCUGAGGCUGUGCUUUUUAUUAUGCAGCUUUCAGUUCACCUAACCUAGCACAGUGAAGGUAAAGGAGUGUUUCUGGGAGCACAGGAGGUUUAGCUGCACUGGCAACUGACCUGUCACUGCCAGACUCCUGGAGCUGCAGAGCACAGCCACAGGCUGUCACAUACCUGCCCACAGUGUUCAACUGGGGUUUGUGUCAUGGCUUGUCGUACCAGCUCAUAGGUCCUGUUCAAGUUUAAAAGCUUCCACCUUCUAACUCACCACCUCUCAGCAAUAGAGACACUUCAGUGAGUGAAUUCAGUUGUAAUUGAUCCAGAGUCAGUGUUCGCUAUUAGUCAGUUGCUUAGUCUCGCCUAUUUUCUUUUUUAAGAUAAGCUGGGGUACAUGCUGCUAAUUUAAUAGUUAACUCACAGAGUCAACAAAAUAAGUUGUCUUUGGAUUGCAGUCUCCUGUGUGUAGUCAGCAAGAGAAGACACAAUAACAGUGGUAAUGUAAUCCAAAGGGAUAUUGAGCCUUUAUUUUAAAUUUGUAAAUACUACAACUGUUGUGAAAACUUCAUUUGAAGUUGGAAUGGGCAAAAACCCACACUCUUGGGCACAUUGUAGUAACAUUGGUCACUUGCAAUACCUAUAGCAUAUGGAAGUGUUAGAUCAGUUUCUGGUAAGUUACUGUGUGGUACAUCACAUCUUGCUCUUCUAAAAAGAAAUUUAUAAAGUGUUUUUGGAACUGUUAUAUGGAACUUCUAUCAUUGGGUUUUUUUUUUGUUUGGUUGAGGUUUUUUUUUACAGCUUCGUUUUAUUCAUGUACUCAUCAGGUUAAACAGUUAUCUUAAAAUGCCAGUAAUUGUUUGAACGCUGGUCUGUAAAUAAAACAUGAACUUAAUAUUUUAGAAAAUGUAAACUUCGGACCUUUACCAAUAUAUUUUUUUAAAAUGUUGCUUCAUUUUACAUUCAGUAAUAUUAGUUUGUAAACAAACUAUACAUUUUGUACCUGUGCAACAUCAGAGGAUGUGUAUUCAUUGCAUUUUAUUGGUUCUCUUGAGGAACAUGAUAAAUGACCAUUGUUAAAAUGUUUUACUGUAUAUGAUCAUAGAUAUAAAGAUAGUAGGUCCAAAAUAGGAUCUACGUUUUUUUCUAAAUAUAUUAGUUGUGCUAUGUUUUCUUAUCUAAAAUUGUGUUCACUUUUUUUCUAGAUUAAAUUGGGGUUGAUAAGAACGUACAAAACGUAAUAAGAGUUCAAAAGUGUAAAAUGUGAAGAAAGUAAAUUUUCUUCAGGUCUACUAUGAAAAGUGCAAGAAGCAAUGAGCUUAAAUUACAGCAGUAAACAUUUACAUUAAAAAAAAAAAAUCUUUUAAAGGGUUUAAUGCCUGGGGAAACAUUGCAAUCUCCACUAGUGGUGACAUUCAAAAAUGGGUUAGACAAACAUAUGUUAGGAAUGGUUUAAAUAUGGUUAAUUCUGCUUUGAAGCUGAGGGAUAAGCUGAAUAACCUCUCAAGAAGAGCUUCAUUGGUUUGUUGUUGGGGGGAGGGGAGGGUUGUUUUUUUUUGGUUGGUUGGUUGGUUAGUUGGUUUUUUGGAAAGUAAUAAAUUAAAAUGGAUCUCAUGAGACAGCAGGCACUUAAGUAGAAAGAGCUCAAGUCUUACGGUUAAAAGAAUAUUGCCCCCUGACUUUCGAGCACAAGCAGUCAGGCUGUGAAUUUGAAAUUGUUAUAGAAAAACAGGCUUGCAUUAAAAGACUCACUACCAAAAGUGUGAUAACAUUCUGUGUUACAUCAGAGUAAAUUCUGCUAUUGCUAAAGCUUAUGGCCGGAAAAGUUAACAGCUGUAAGGACUGUGUGAUGUUUGUAGCUUUUAAAAGCUGGGACUGAUUGAUAUACAUAAUCUAAUACAGAAGUGUGCAGAGGCAUGAACAAAUGUUAUUGUCGUAUGUUCCUUGGACAAGUAUAAACACCUUAUGUGAGACUUGGUCUUAACAGUCUAUGACAGGAUCAAAUUAAAUGAAGUCAGUUGAAUUACCUCCAUGUCAAAGGUUUUGAAAGGGACCUUGGCCUCCUGCUAGUUUUUAGGUGCUUAAGUGUCAGAAGACUGCUUAGCUGACAAUACUGGUUAAGAAGGCAAAGGCUCAGUUAUAUUUCUGAAGUUGAUUGAAAAUUUUAUUGGCAAUUCCUACUACCACUACCAAUUUUACAUCCUUUUAAGGAUGUAAAAUUACCUUAUUUUUCUUUUUUUGAAAGCCAAUGCGUAAUUGUUUUUCUCCCCUGUUGUUUUUACUCAAGGCAGAGAGAAGGCCUAGAAUACUUAAGUUUAAAGUUUUGGAAGAGGUUUCAGAAAGAAGGUGUGGAUGUAACCUUAGCUGUAUAUAGAUUAUUGUUAAUGUGUUCUAAAUUAACCUGUUUGUUGUGUAUGUUCUGAAGGGAGGUUCACUUAUAUAUUGUGGGGAUCUGUCUGUGAAGUUCAGAUAAAUCUGUCUUCAUCUUAAGACA